UGUUAGUGAAUGUUUCCUCAUUCUUGCGCAGAUCGUUCGCGGUGGCAAUCAGUUUGAAAUACUGGCAAUGUUUAUAUCAAUUCACGUUUAAAAUUCCAUACAUUCAGUUCGUGUUUCCAACAAAAGUAUACUUCAGUGCUUUUCCCUUUGGCUGUUUUAUUUGUACAGUGUUAACUGAUAGCAAUUAGCAAAUAUUCCACGUUUCUGCCUCAAAUUCUUGCGAUUCACUUUUCCGAGAAGGAUCAACGACGAAAAUGCCUGCUGAUGAACUCACAUCGAUUUUAGUGAGGAGGCAAGAAAUGAACGAUGCACUUGACAAUGGGCAAGAGGUGAAAUUUAAAUACAGGGUUGUCAACAUUUAUACGGAGUUUCACGAGUUUACCAGGAAGGAAAUCAGGCAGUAUGAGUCGAUCUUCAAAAAAUUUAACACCAAUCGAGAUGGAUAUCUCAGCUUGAAUGAAUUGAAGCGCAUGAUGGAAGUUCUUGGAGCUCCGCAAACCCACAUUGGUUUGAAGCAAAUGAUCAAAGAGGUCGAUGAGGAUAACGAUGGACGUCUUUCUUUUCACGAGUUUAUGCUUGUUUUUCGCAAGGCACGAGCCGGUGAACUGGAAGAUGAGUCUGGGUUAGCCCAACUUGCCCAUUUAGCUGAAAUCGACGUUCCUAAAGUUGGUGUUAAUGGCGCCAAAGAUUUUUUUGAAGCCAAGAUCAAUGAACUGACGAAAAGAAGUAAAUUUGAAGAAGAGAUUCGCCAAGAACAGGACGACCGGAAGCGGAUGGAAGAAGAAAAGACGAUGAGGCGCCAGCAGUUUUUGGAGAAGGCAUCGAUUUUCAAAUGUUCUUAAUCUAUUACCAUUAAUUAAAUAUCUGCUUUACCUGUGCUGUAUUUUUUGAGUUAUGUUAUGUUAUAUUUUUAGACUGAUUAUUUUUAUUAGUGUUAAAUGUAUCUGUAGAUUAUAUUCCGGACUUAGCUCUUGGAAAUUAGCUYUAGUAUUGGCUAUAAAGCUGCAAAUAUGUAGGAAYGUAAUAUUUGAAUUUUUAUCAAAAUGUGACGGACUAUAUUUUAAAACAUAUAUUAUAAAAAUGUAAUUCAGCGARAGUACUAAAUUAUGCAUGGGCUAGUUGGCUGUAAUUGUACAUAUCUAAAAAUGUUUUUUGUAGAAUUAUUAUAAUAGCGGGUUAACUAUUUUUUWAAAUUUAAAUACAUUUUAUGUUAAAAGCUGUGACAUUUUUACUGUGAAUAAAGAUUUGGACUUAUUUCCACAAAACGCA